GGGGUUCGAUUUCUCCAUGCACGAGCGUCCAGAGUCGCCCUUUAUGAUUGAAGAAACGAGCCGACCACCCUCCAGCUUGCGCAUCCUCUCGCUCAACUGCUGGGGGUUGAAAUACAUCGCGAAGCUCCGCAAGGAGCGCCUCACAGAAAUCGCGAACCAGAUCGCCGCCGCAGACCCUCCGCCAGACAUCGUAGGCUUGCAGGAGUGCUGGACUCAACGAGACUACGACGUUAUCCGAGAGAAGACGAAACACUUUCUUCCCUAUGGAAAGUUCUACUUCAGCGGCAUAUUCGGUGGUGGAUUGGUGAUAUUGUCCAGAUGGCCCAUCGAGGAGAGCAGCAUGACGCAGUAUCCCCUGAACGGACGGCCGGCAGCCUUCUACAGGGGCGAUUGGUUCGUGGGCAAGGGAGUGGCUUAUGCGCGGAUACGCAUGGGUCCAACGAGGAGGGACAUCGCAGAAGUCUUCUGCACGCAUCUUCACGCUCCGUACGAGACUGAACCACACGAUUCCUACAUAUGCCACCGCACAGCACAGGCCUGGGAAAUAGCAAAGCUCAUGCGUGGGGCUGCCGAACGCGGACACCUUGUCAUAGGCUUGGGAGAUUUCAACAUGACACCCUUGUCUCUCGCACACCGUAUAAUUGAGACGCACUCGCGCGCGCGCGACGUAUGGCGGGUCCUUUACCCAAACUCUUCACUGGGCGCAGCAAAGGACAAAGUGGAGCAAAUGCGGAACGUCCCAAUGCCCAACGCCGAGUAUAACCUCACCAAGAACGGCGCUACAUGCGACAGCGCGUUGAACACCUGGCGAUGGAACAAGGCUCACAGCCAACGAUUGGCAAAGGGCGAGAAUGUGCAGAUAGAGGCCACCGUGGACGACCCCAAUGCGAAGCGCCUCGACUACAUUUUCUUCAGCAGCGGCUCACACCACGAUGCGACAAAUGGGCAUCCGAGCGCAGAAUGGACACUCAAGGAAGCGAAUGUAGGUAUGACGGCCAGGCAUCCAACUCUCUACUGCUCUCUCAGCGACCAUUUCUCCGUCGAAGCCACGUUGGUCCGCAAUCUGGAGGAGCCGCUAUCGACCACCUCAAAUGGACCCUACGCGCUUCCAGAGACGUAUCUUCCCAUUGGGAUAUACGACGAGAUUCUAACCACAAUUGCCAAGUAUGCUAAUCGUGAGCGUAUUCAGCGCCGGUUACGUCUCGGCCACUUCGGCUUCCAAUUAUCUCUCACUAUUGGCUGUUUGAUUGGCGUGUGGUGGGUACCACACAACUAUGUUGCGUUUAUCUUAAUGCUGAUUAGCUCACUGAGCUUGAGCGUUGGAGUCAUUGAUGGGCUGAUGGGUGGCCUUUUUGUGAGUAGCGAACUGAGGGCCCUGAAAGAGUUUGAGUGGGAGGUGAGCAAUACCAAGGAGAGAGCACUGGCGAGAUCAGCAAAAGAGGGCCUCUCUGCCACAUCAUGACAAUGAAGCUGGCAUGGAUUGCCAUUGGCGUGAACGAGGUGGCAACGCGUUUGAAAAGGUAUUGAUAGCAUAAACAUGAAGACAUGGCAUUCGACGCACGAUGCAGCAGUGCAUGCCGUCGUCACUAGCUUUCUCCUUAAUCGAAGCGCGACGUCAUUUUGAAAGACAAGACGAUAUGUUUUCCCCUUUUGUGGCAUACUUCAGGAGCUGAAGAUUUGGUCACAGAAUCGCGGUAGAACACAACCCUUUCAUGUCCUAGACUUCGAGCGAUCAGUGUUCUCUACUUAUAGGUGCAGGGCUAGCC